GCAAAUAACAAAGUGACUCAGACUUGUCGGCCGUAACGAGAUUGUCGUUGACUUUGCACUUUGCAGAUUUUCCGCGAGAUUCCCGUGGAGAUGCGGGCGGAACUCGGACGAUAAAGUCUUGAAGCGAUCGCUCAGGAUUGAUCGUUUCGUCAUUUCGAUCGUGACACACGAACGAUUUGACACUCUGACGCUACGCGAGGAACUUGUCACGGCACAACAACAAAGCGAUUGUUAGAGGUUAAUUUCUCCGAUUCAUGUUUACGCGGUUUCGAGUGGCUCCUCUGCGAUACUGUCAAAGGAAACGAUGUCUGACGAACAAUUCUCCCUAGUAUGGAACAGUUUCCCAAGAAACUUGUCCUCAGGCUUGUAUAACUUACUAACGGAUGAGCAACUUGUAGACGUUACGCUGGCAGCCGAAGGUCAGAUUCUCAGAGCUCACAAAUUGAUAUUGUCGGUUUGUAGUACAUACUUCCGAGAACUUUUCAAGGGAAAUUCGUGCAAACAUCCUAUUGUUAUAUUGAAAGAUGUCAAUUAUCGAGACUUGUCAGCCAUGCUGCACUUCAUGUACCAAGGAGAGGUCAAUAUAAAGCAGGAGGAUAUUGCCAGCUUUCUUAAAGUUGCGGAGACUCUUCAGAUAAAAGGACUGACUACGGAAUCAGAUGAAAAGUUGAAAGACACUUUCGGGCAGAAUGUUGAAGACUUGGAUCAUCUGUUCGAUGUGAACAGGGACAAGAGUAAUCUUGAAAGUGCAGACGAAAGUAUCUCCACUUUUGGUAGUCUGACGCACCCGAUCAAAGAGGAGCAAUCGAGAACAAGGCAGAACAGCUUGACGGAAACCUCGACGAGAGAAAACACCUUUAUGGAACACACGUCGAGUGUUGGCGAUACUUGUCACCGACAAAGUCGCAAAGUCGAUGGCGAUCACAGUGCUUCGGAUAUGCAGACAGCGUUCAGCGAGAGAUGCACGAGUGCAGACGCGCCGAGCAGUAUGGGAGAACAGCCACUGGAUUGCACUUCCGAUGUGAAUCAAUCGCAGCAACCCAAACACGAACCAUUGGAUUAUACAGUGGACAUGGAUACGGAAGCGAGAUAUAAGCCAUGUAUCGCCGAGAAAAUACUCUAUAAUCCCGAGGAGAACUUGCAGAGACAAGAUUUCGCGCCAGACACGCAGUUAAUUCCCUACAGUCAGAAUUCACAAAUUCGGCCGUUCGAUUUGAGCAACGUGGCAGGGUUUCAAGGUGAUUACAUGUACGACACGGCGAGUCCUAGUAACAAAGGCCGGCGUACCGUGAAAGGUAUACCCGGUAGUAGCCUACCGCUGGAGACAACUCUGCGCGUCGUCUCGGAGCUGGGUCCAACGUUGCGCAUCGAGCGUGGCAAGGUAAUACGCAUGUACGCGUGCCCGUGGUGCCUCCGUCACUUCACACGCAAAGAAAACCUCAAACUCCAUGUCCGUUAUAUUCACGGUCCGCUUGAAAGUCUCACGUGUAAGCUUUGUGGCAAUAAAUAUAAGAACAGUAACAGUUUGCGUGUACACUCCUACCUCUAUCACAACGCCAAGCGGGAUAAACACGGGAAGCCGUUAACGACCGGCGGCGGCGGUGACAGUAAUAUCGGUGGCAAUGACGGCGGUAACGUGUAGAGAGACACGUCGGGUUCUCUUCCUUUUUUGUACAAGUCUGUUAAGGGCAUUGGACAUUCAUGCAUUAUGCGAAAUGGGUGAGCAACGUGAACGACGAACGGAGAAUGUUAUAUUUAUACCUGUUCACCAUGCUACCGGCACAACCAUAUCUAGAGAUCUAGAUCAUAAGUACCAAAUAUUUCUAUCGAUAAUAAAUAAGUUGAAGAUUUAUAGAAAUAAAGCGCCUUAUUGUA